CUCAUUAAUCCUUGUCAAUCCCCAUUUGUUUGUAAAUUGCCUCUAAACAUCGAGGUCAUUUUCAACUUGUUACAACAUUCUAUGCCCAUCGCUCCUACUCACAGCAGCACUUCCUAUCUAUAUGGACACACAGUUGGAUGCGACUGAUAUACGAUCUCAAGUACUCCAACAUACUCUUGCAGAAGUAGCGUUGUCAAGAAGACAAUCCGAGGCCGAUAAUACAAACGAGACAUGCUGCGUCAUCUGCCUCGAUAGCAUCACCGAGAUCUGUGAGGCCCGGCCUUGCAGCCAUAGGAACUUUGACUACCUUUGCCUCCUUAGUUGGCUAGAGCAACAGGCGAAAUGCCCUCUUUGCAAGAGCAAUGUCGAUGAGGUCUGGUACGAUUUCGAAAGCGAUGGCCCUGAUGCGAAAAGCAGGGUAUACCUAGUUCCGCCUCCGAAGGCGUCAUCAAAACAGCCCCAACAGCCGCAUGCCCAAAUCUACUCUCCGCGAAAUUUGCUCCCGAGACCAAACCGUCGAAGAUACGAAGAAGCGCCUCCGCGACGAGUAACUGUUGAUGAGGCUAUUCUCCGUCGGCAGGAUGUCUAUCGUAAUCAACUCUACUCCCUACACGUCGGGUCGAAUCAAAGAUCGGGCUAUCGAGAUCUAACUCCACAGAUGUUCGAAUCCGAUCCCGAGAUGAUAUCAAGGGCGCGAACAUGGCUCAGGAGGGAACUACAAGUCUUCGAAUUCCUUCGAACUCCGCCCACCGCGCAAUCCAGUGAUGAUGCGAUGACGAGAAGACGUGCGAAUAAUGCCGAGUUUCUGCUUGAGUACAUAAUUGCUAUCCUUAAGACUGUAGAUAUUCAGGGAAGUCAGGGGCAAGCGGAAGAAAUGCUGAAAGAUUUCCUUGGUCGCGAUAAUACGAAGUUGCUCCUCCACGAACUCAAGAACUUCCUACGCAGUCCCUGGUCGUUGGAGGCCUGGGAUCGCAAAGUCCAGUAUCCAACGGCGAGGAAACGACGAGUCGAGGAAGUGGAUGUUGAAAGGAAUAACCAAGUGAGCGACGUAUCUCGGAGAUUUGUAGCAGAUGAAGGGCUGGACAGGCGGAAACGACGGACGGGUGAUUCCUAUCGUCCUUCAUACUCAAGCCGGCGCCAUAAUAGGAGAGAUAGCACGAACCAAUAUAUACCAGAUUAAACCCCCUUG